AUGAAGCAAUCUCUUGUCUCCUCGACCGACCGUAACGGCAGUUCGAUCGUAGGCUCGAACCCCGAGACGCUGCGCGCCGAGCUCGCGGGAUGGCUGCAGGAUCGGAUCGUGCAGGCGGAGUCGCAAUUCCGGAGCGGGCUGUCCGGCGCGCCAUGGCAUUCGCAUGACAAGGCGGGGAGCGCCACGGGGCGGGGAACGAACAGCGUUACCAGCGCUACCAACGCUACCAGCAACGCUACCAGCGGUGGCGGUAGCAGGAGUGACGGAAGGACAAGGAAGAUGGAGGGUUGGCGGGAGCAACAGCAGGCGCUGCAUCGCAUUGUCGAUUUUUGGAGACGAGCCGUGCUUCUGUACGGCAGCUACAAGCUGUGCCAGGUGCGCGUGCGCCUAGGCAGGCUGAGCAAGGAGCAGCGGCGGGCGGCGUGGGAGGAGCAGCACGAGCGGGGGGCGGAGAUACUUCACUCGCUCUGCACCGAAAUGCAGGGCUUCUUCCUCAAGGCAGGGCAGUUCCUAGCCAAGCCGGACAUGUCCCCCCCAGCAUGGGUGCGUCUCCUCGCCCCCCUCCAUGACAGUGCGCCUGCCGACCCCUUCCCUCUCGUCCGACGCACUGUUGAGGCUGAGCUGGCACACGCUGACGUGGCAGGGAAUGACGUGGCAAGCGCUGACGUGGCACGGGUGCAGCUGGAAGACGUGUUCGCGGAGUUUGAGGAGGAGCCGGUUGGGUCUGCGUCCAUUGCCCAGGUGCACAGGGGCAGGUUGAAGGAUGGGCGCAGAGUCGCCAUCAAGGUGCAGCGUGCGGGGGCAGAGCGGCUGAUGCUCAUGGACCUCGCGAAUCUGCGUCUCUUUGGCGCCUUCCUGCAGCGCGCCGAGCUCAAGGUCGACCUGCUGGGUCCCAUCUCUGAGUUGGAGCAGCAGAUCCGGUACGAGUUUGACUUUGUGCACGAGGCAGCAGCCAUGGAGCGAAUCAGACACGCCCUGGCACGGCCCGCAGGGGGCGAGAGGCAGGAGAGGCACGGGGGAAUGCGGAGCAGCAGGCGCGCUGGCAGAAGUGGUGUGGGCCGUGGAGGGGUUAGCAAGGCGGAUAGGGCAGAUAGGAUGGAGAGGGUGGGUAGGGUAGGUAGUGUGGCUCAUGCGGGGACAAAGGCAAGACAUGGAGGUCGGCAUGGGGUUGAAGAUGGUGGGAGGAGUGCGGAGGUGGAUACACGGUCGUCACCUGUCAUCGUGCCUGCAGCCAUACCAGGCCUUGUCACUAGGGGCCUACUGGUGAUGGACUUUAUCGACGGCACGCCCAUCCUGAGGCUGCCCGAGGAGAUGCGCCGGCGAGGCAUCAGCCCCAGUGGCGCACUGGCCAGGCAGACCAAGAGUCGCAUCUUCUCUGCUCUCUCCACGGCCUACGGGCGCAUGCUGCUGCAGCACGGUCACUUUCAGGCCGACCCCCAUCCAGGAAACAUCCUCGUGUGCGCGGGGGGCAGGGUGGCUCUGUUAGAUUAUGGGCAGACGAAGCAGCUGCCAGAGGCGCUCAGGCUGAAUCUGGCGCGCUUGGUGGUGGCGAUAGCAGACGAAGACAUGCUAGCUGUGGGCUCCUGCUUUAGGGCGAUGGGGAUAGAGACGGCCAAGACAGCAGGGGAGCACCCCAACAGCUUUCGCCGCAUGGCAAUGAUUAUGUUUGACACCGGCACUGGUAACGGGGUUACCAGCGCCAACCCGUUCGGGGCGGAGAGCUCGCUCAAGAGCAAUGCGAUGAAGGCGUUCCCAGCAGACAUCUUCUUUAUAGUGCGCACCAUGAUGCUGCUCAAGGGCCUGGCAACCGGUAUGGGUCUGUCAGUGUCCACCGCCAGUCAGUGGCGCCCCAUGGCCCUGCGGAUCCUGAUGGUCGAUUUCGACUUCUUUGACGCCCAGCCGUCGGAUUACCACGGCGUGAAGGCGCUGCUGCGAACCUUCCUGGACGGCAAGCGGUGGGACCUGCCGGCCUUUGUGGACGCAGUCACCUCGGGAACUCCGGGCGGAGGCGCAGCUGGGGAAGGGGACGCUGCUGCUGGUGGGAGCGGGAGUGGGAGUGUGGCAACGGUGGUGAAAGCAGGGGAUGAGGGGAAUAUUCUGGGGCUCACUGCAUGCCUGCCGUUGAUCUGCAAGUCCAAGGGGUGGACGGCGGACUUUGUCCGGUUCCUGCACGAGGGGUGUGACAACAGGGCACAGUGGGACGAGCUGUGGAAGGUGAUGCAGAGGGGGCGCGUGGGCGUGGUGGUGUGCGAGCGUGUGGCCAACCUGCCCUUCCAACUCGUGCCACACCUCUUCAGAACCACGCUCCAGCCCAUGCUGGAGAAGGGAGCACCGGUGGAGAAGUUUCUGAUUCUCACACGCAUGUACCGCCAGACGGGCGGCAAGGCGGGAAGGAAGCAGGCCAAGGGAGCGGGGAGCAGCGGCUCAGAGCUGUUCUUUCCCAAGCCGGAGGACGAGCUCCUCAAGAAGCUUGCCACGUCAUCCUAUUCCUUCCCGGUCCAUGCUGACGUCAUGGCCUCCAGACAGCUGAAGGGCUUUCAACACCUUCGCCUAGUGAUGCUCCUUUCAGCAGCACAAGUGCGCAACUUCCUAGAGCAAGUUAAUGACAUGGUGGAUGAAGAUUGA